CCACCACCGAAUCCCAACGCAGACCCGAAUCUCCCAUACCAAGCUCGAACCCCUCCGCCCCUCCAUCACGUCACGCACACGCCAUCCUCCCAAGACCUCUUCAAGCUGACUCCCAUAGCCGCCCUCAAGCUGCUCAGCGGCGGCAUCGAGGCCCUCGUCCGCAUUACGGGCGACAUACCACCGACUCCACCUCCCACGAGUCCCACCAUACCGCACAUGCGAGGCUUCCAAAAAGAGAAGGCAGAUAUUGCACGUUCGCACUCGGAAAACAACUUGGCGAGGCUCGGCCAGGAACAAGCUGCGGCCGAAGAGACGCCCUUCUUCGCACCGCAGCCCCAGAAAUCCUCCGAAUCAACAUCGAGGAGUAGUACACCGUCCGCAUACCAGCCGAUCGACGGCGUCCACCUCCGGCAUACCCCGACACCUCCCCCCCCUCCGGCGACCCCCGAGCCUUACGUGGUCAUCGGCGCGAACUCGCAGCCCCUAAACCUCCAACACAGCGCCAUCACGCGCAAGUUCUACAGCAAGGCCCCGCCGCCCAUCAGCAUCGAAGACUACCUCAUGCGCAUCCAUCGCUUCUGCCCCAUGAGCACGGCCGUCUACCUCGCGACCUCGUACUACAUCUUCCGCCUCGCUGUGGACGAGCGCGCCAUACCCGUCACGAGGAGGAAUUGUCAUCGUCUGCUGCUGGCCGGGCUGCGGGUUGCCAUGAAGGCACUAGAGGACCUGAGCUACCCGCACGCCAAGAUCGCGCGGGUCGGUGGCGUGACGGAGCUGGAGCUCGCGAGGCUAGAGAUUAGUUUUUGCUUCCUGGCUGGGUUCGAGCUCGUCGUCGGAGAGGAGAGCCUCAGGAGGCACUGGGAGGUGUUGAGAGACGGCCGA